AUGGCCGACCAAAUCCAUCGUGUGACGAUGUUCAAGAUCCCCGACAAGGAGAACCAGGCGAAGCUCAUUAGUGCCUACGCCAAAGUCAACCAGGCAGACCAAAAGGACGGUAAACCUUGCAUCAAAUCCCUCGUCGUCGGUUCCGCAAAGGAGGACCCCCGCUCCCAAGGCUACACGGUCGUGUGCAAAACGGAGUUCGCCUGUAUGGACGACAUGAAGUUCUAUGACAACGAGUGCCCUGCGCACGGCGAGUUCAAGAACACUGCCAGAACGCUGGGCGUUGAGGGCGUCUUGACGGUGUACUUUACGCCUGGUUUGAUUGCCUGA